GACUUGGGCAGGGACCUGCUAUAAAAGCAUACCGCGUCGACCCUCGAACACAUAGUGUUUGCUCGCAUAACCCGCAAGAAAAACCAAACGCCCGUCAUCAUGAAAUUCUUCGUUGUUCUGUUCGCCAUUGUGGCAGUUGCUAGCGCUGGAUUAAUAGCUCAUCAUGCGCCAGAGGUAAUCCACGUCUCCGGCCAGCUCGCUAUCCCAGGCCCCAAAGCUUCCCCGCUUCUUCUCCACGGUAACGACCACGCCACCCGCAUCCACUACGACGCCCCGCAUAUAGGGCAUCCGCACUUGGUGGGCAUCGAACAUUACAACGGGGCGCCGCAUUACGAGCCCAGCGUCAUCAACGUGGCUCUUAAACACGGCCUGCAUUAGAUCCCCGCAUCUAAAUCAGCAGACCCGUUGGUCCGGAGUGGUCCACGCCGAACGCGUCAUCCUGAGGCUGAUAUGAGGCAGCGAAUCAACGAAUUCAUCAUUUAAUUGGUGAAUGAACGUGAUAUUGAGUAAUCUCUUGCCAAAGUGGAGCAUUCCCUGUUCCUUUUUAUCGGCAAAGAUUCUUCGCGUCGAGAGAUCUCUCGCUGAGGAUUGAAGAUUUUCUCGGUUCGAGGGUCGAGAAUCACGCGGAGGAGGAGAACACUCGAAUUGGCAGAUUGAUGGAAUUCAAACUGUCUCAGGAUAGCCGCACGUCUUGGAUCACUCCCGGAGGACCGUCCCCAAAAAGACCAGGCAGUCAUAUUUGAAAAAGCUCCCCGCCCUCUCCCCUUUCAUUCAUCCCUUCGUUCUACCUUGACGCUACAUAUGACACGCAUAUGAACAAUCAGACCCUUCCGUGUUGCCAUUUAUCCAUCUCAUUCUAUCAAAAAUGAUGAAAAAUUCUGUGCGGCACAUAUUGAAGAAGAAAUAACAGAGCGGCCAUCUCUUUCUGUACCUAUUACAUUUGUCUACGGCAGCGCAAUACUUUUAUUUAUUUUGUAAUAAAAGUUGAUUUUUACGUCUUGUAAAA